AUGACUAGAGAAAGAAGCAAAUCUGUGGUACAGAAGAUUGCAUUCGAUGUUCCAUCUUACAAGAAGGAAGACUUGAAAUUAGAGGAUGAGUCCAUAGAAGCAAGAAAUGUUCACAAUCCUACAAUUCCCACCCAACCUCACCCAGUCGCAGGACCCACACAAUUCACUAGUCGAAAUAGAGCAAAAUCACUAUCACACUUGUCCUUGAAGGGGCAAAACUUAGCACACGAGCUUCCGGUGACCUCGUAUCCCUUUACGGAGAAGGAACGCGACCAGCUAACCCAAAACUUCUUGGAUACUUUAAACUACAAUUCUGUUCUAGAUUCAGAGUACAUUGCUGACAUCAAUGACUUGUUUGAUGAUGAGGUUUUGGCAUUUAAGUCUGAUUGUGACAUGAAUAUAGGUCAAAUGCGCCAUAUCAUAGCAGAAAACAAAUCUAUCUUGUCCCAGGUUAAUGCUUUAACGAUGCAGUUCGAUAAAGUCACUCAAGAUACGCUGGAAUUUGCUUCCCAAUCAACUGCGCUUAUGAACACGUAUAAUGAUCUUGAAAACAAAGUGACCAAGAUUGGCGAAGUUUUGAAAAUGUUCGAGCAUUUGGAAAAAAUAACUAAGUCUUUGGUCUCGUCUGGAAAUGCUGUCAUACGCACGGGCAGAAUUCUGUCUAUUUUAACGCAACUUCAAGACUGUUUGGACUUUUUGGAAGCUCAUUCAGAAUACAAAGACAGUGAGCUUUACUCUUUGCGUUAUCGACAAUGUAUGACGCGAGGUCUCACAUUGAUCAGAAACUACCUCAUUGAUUAUUUAAAAACUAUGCAUUCUUCGUUUUCUCAGAAGCUAGUUUCUAAGGAUACCACCAACUUAACUUUGGACAUUUAUAUGUAUAGUGAACCAGUGAAAGAGCUAACAAAACAAGAGGGACCUUGUCAAUUCCUGACUUUGCUUGGUGCUAUCGUGGAAAGAUGCGAAGGGCACGAGGAAUAUCAAGGCUUGGUAUCAGAUGUUCUACAGCAAUAUUUCAAAUUCAGGUUGCUGCUAAUUGAUCAGUAUAUUGAAAAACAGAAUCUGCAGCAACAGUCUGAUGCAUCAAAGACCGAAGGAAAGGCUAUCAAUGACACUGUUAUGUAUUGUCAAAAACAAAUUUCAGUAUACAAGAAACUUCUUGAGAAGGAAUAUUCGUUGUUUGUGAAAUUUUGCCCCGUCGAUGCAUUUCCACAACUGCAGCAAAAAAUGAUUUAUGACCAGCUAUACAACUUUUUUAAAGAGGCGUUGGAGCCCUUAUAUGAUGAAGUCCGAAACCGAGUGUUACGAGAACAAAGCAUCAGCGAGUUAUGCCAUUUGACUAACCUAUUGGCAAGCUAUUAUGAGUACGAAGAUGAUGUUUCCGUGAUUUCUUCAAAUGACGGCAAGAUUGAGUACGGUGAGCUUUUUGAGCCUAUGAUAGAUGAUGCUCAAUCGAGACUUGUUUUCCGCAUCCAGAAUUUUAUUGACAACAAACUUUUAAAGUACAAACCCCAUCCAGAAGAUUUGCAAUUGGGUAAUAGGAAAAGUAACAGCGAAGGUAAAAGAAGAGAUUCUGGUUUACAAGAUGUGGAGGAAAAUUUAUUCCCCAGUCUUUAUGCUCCUCUUGGAAUAGCCUUGACAAUUCUAUCAAAUAUUUAUGAACUUCUCAACUCAAUGGUUUUUGAUGAUAUUGCACACCAUAUUGUGCAUAGUUGCAUUUACAUGUUGAAAAACGGAGCCAUGAAACUAGCAAUAACUCAUUUGGGACCGAUUGAUGCAAAGUUAUUUUACUUAAAGAAUCUCAUUGCAUUGAAAAACCAGCUCAACAACUUUGAUAUACAAUUCGUACGGACAGAGACUACUUUGGAUUUCACAAGCGGAAUUCAGGAACUUAUUCAGAUUUUCAGAAACGGCCAAUUAUAUGUUAAGUUCAACCAAACAGGAGGUUUUCUAGAACUUGUGAAGAAGUCGACACCAAAGGUGAUCAAUAAUAUGAUUGAUGCUAAGCAUGAAAUUGAACUUGAAUUGAGUAAUGCUGUUAAUGAUUUGGUCACUGAAUGUGCCAAUGCGAUUUGCGAGCCCAUUUUCAUUGACAAUGAACUUUCUUUGCAAGAAAAGUCAGUGCAGCUUAACGACAAUGUGUUGAUGAAAAUACCCCAAUUCUAUUCGCAAAUACUCUCUUUUGUGGAGGAGAAGGAAGUCGUCAUGUACCUUGUGGAUCUCACUGUGAACUUAAUCUCAUCCACGUACGAGAAAUACUACUCUUCAUUGCAAGACAAAUUGGCGAAAAAAGAAUAUUCGCCACAGGAUAUAGACGAUGUGAUGGAGCCCGAAACGUUUUAUAAUUUUGUUAAUGAGGCUGUGUCCGAUUUAAACAGCCAGAACGAGCAUGUGGAAUUCAACGAGGCUUGUUUCGAAGAUGUCAAGCUGCCAGAGCCCAUAUUUGAGAAUCCCUCUUCGUGA